CUGUGGUUUAAGUGGGACUCAUCAGCGGGGCAGAUGGGGCUUUCAGCACCGGGAGCUGUCCGUGGUGUUGAAUCCCGUUAGGUCAACAUGAGAGGCGUCUGAAUCCACAUUAGGAGGAAGAGUCAUCAGAAGAAAGACCUAAACGCACCGUUUGGAAGAACAGGUAGCAGUCUCCUCCCAGGAUGCUCCCUGCUCAGGAAGCGGCUAAGAUCUACCACACCAACUACGUGCGCAACGCCCGGGCCAUGGGCGUCAUGUGGCAGGUGUUCACCGUCACCUUCGCAGUCAUUACGGUGGUGGUGUUCAUCCAGCCCUAUUGGAUCGGGGACAGCGUGAACACGCCGCAGGCCGGUUACUUCGGCCUUUUUCAUUACUGCAUCGGGAACGCGCUAACCUCGGAGCUCACCUGCAAAGGGAGCGCGCUGGACUUUGGCUCCAUCCCUUCUGGAGCCUUCAAAACUGCCAUGUUCUUCGUGGGGAUCUCCAUGCUGCUGAUCGUGGGAAGCAUCGUCUGCUUCAGCCUCUUCUUCUUCUUCAACGCCGGGAGCGUCUACAAGAUCUGCGCGUGGAUGCAGCUGGCCUCCAGUACAUGCAUGGUGAUUGGCUGUAUGAUCUACCCUGAUGGUUGGGACUCUGAGGAAGUGAAGCGCAUGUGUGGCCAGCGGACUGAUAAAUAUACCCUGGGUAACUGCACAGUGCGCUGGGCCUACAUCCUGGCGAUCAUUAGCAUCAUGGACUCACUCAUCCUCUCCUUUCUGGCCUUCAGUCUGGGCAGCCGGCAGGACAAACUGCUGCCAGAGGACUUCCAGGUGGAGGAAAAGGAUAACGGGUAAAUCCGUGCUGGACAACUGAGCGAGGAGAUGCAACCAACUCAACAUCGACAUGAACUCUAAGGACCUUUGGUCAUUCGCAGCCUAAAAACUUGAUCUUCUUCCAAAAACAAAUCCAGUGGAAUUUAGAUGGAGCUCCACUUCUUGCUUCAAUGCAGCCUUGCUUUUAUAAAAAGGAUUAAUAGUUUAAGCGAUUUGAUUAUUAUUUUUUUCAAGCUGUUGUGACCUUUCAACACUGUCUAUAAUGGUGAUCUCCAGCUAAGGUCCAAAUUAUUCAUACUUCUCACAGAUUUGAAAUUGUUUCCAGUCUUUAGAAGGUUUUUUUUCCUAUUAGUAAAAAUAUAUUGGUGUUUGGCUAAUCAAACUAUUCCAAUAACUACUGCUCAGCUUUUUGUAUUGAUUCAUUGAGGUUUUGAGGAUUUCUCUGAGGUGAGGAUGAUGCUACCACCCCCAUGCUUCACAGUAGGGAUGGUGUUCUUGGGAUGGUACUCAUCAUUCUUCUUUCUCCAAACACAGUUGGUGGAAUUUUGAUCAAAAGUUAUAUUUUGGUACUGCAUGU